UUGUUCUUGUUUAGACAAAAAAAAAAAAAAAUACAAGAUUUCUUUAAAAUAUCUCUCUGAUUUCCCCAUUUAAAAUGACAAUCCUGUCUUUCUUCACCAGAGCUUCACGGGCUUUCAAUGGCUACCCUGCUUCUGCCAAGCUUUUGCUUCUCUGUACUCUCAGUCUCAGUGGUGGAGGUGUUGUGGCUUACUCAGAAGCACAAGUAGAUGCUAGCAAAACUAGUGUUCAAGUGAACGAAAAAGAUUGCAAGAAAAAGAGAGUGGUGGUUCUUGGAACGGGAUGGGCCGGUAUUAGUUUCCUUAAAGAUCUUGAUGUUUCGGCUUACGAUGUUCAGGUUGUUUCACCCCGGAAUUAUUUUGCAUUCACCCCAUUGUUGCCUAGUGUCACCUGUGGAACGGUUGAAGCACGGAGCAUUGUAGAGCCUGUUCGAAACAUUAUAAAGAAGAGAAAUGGAGAAAUACAGUUUUGGGAAGCUGAAUGUAUGAAGAUUGAUGCUGCAAACAAGAAACUUUUGUGCCGGUAUACUGUGGAAAAUAACUUGGUGGGAAAUGAUGAAUUCUCUUUGGAAUAUGACUAUUUGGUUCUAGCAGUGGGAGCACAAGUAAAUACAUUUAACACCCCUGGUGUCCUUGAGAACUGCCACUUUCUGAAGGAAGUCGAGGAUGCACAGAAGAUACGGAGGACCGUUAUUGACUGCUUUGAAAAGGCUGUCCUUCCUGGACUAAGUGAAGAAGAACGAAGGAUAAACCUUCAUUUUGUAAUUGUUGGAGGGGGACCUACUGGCGUGGAGUUUGCAGCAGAGUUGCAUGACUUUGUUCAGGAGGAUUUGGUCAACUUAUAUCCUUCGGUUAAAGAUAUGGUGAAAAUAACUGUGAUUCAAUCAGGGGACCAUAUUCUGAAUAUGUUUGAUGAACGAAUAAGUAGUUUCGCUGAGCAAAAAUUUCGAAGAGAUGGUAUCGAAGUUCAAACUGGAUCUCGUGUUAUUAGUGUUUCCGAUAAGGAAAUCACUAUGAAGCUCAAGGCGAAAGGAGAGAUUUGUUCUGUACCUCAUGGAUUGGUUGUUUGGUCCACUGGUGUUGAGACUCGCCCUUUUGUGAAGGACUUCAUGGGGCAAAUUGGGCAGGCUAACAGACGUGUUCUAGCAACCGAUGAAUGGUUGCGAGUAAAAGGAUGUGAAGAUGUGUAUGCCCUUGGUGAUUGCGCCACUAUAAAUCAGCGUAAAGUCAUGGAAGAUAUCGCUGCCAUAUUUAAGGCUGCAGAUAAAGAUAACUCUGGUUUCUUAACCGUUGAGGAAUUCAAAGAUGUUAUAGACGAUAUCCUUGAGAGGUAUCCGCAAGUGGAACACUAUUUGAAGAGCAAGCACCUGAGGGAUGUAACUGAUCUGAUGAAAGAUUCCGAGGGGAAUGAUAUAGAUGAAGUGGACAUUGAAGGAUUUAAGCUAGCCCUUUGUCAAGCUGAUUCACAAGUGAAGAAUCUGCCUGCAACAGCUCAGGUUGCGGCACAACAAGGUGCAUAUCUUUCUAAAUGCUUCAACCGCAAGUCUAAGUGGAAAGAUAAUCCUGAAGGCCCACGGCGUUUUAGAGGGUCUGGUCGUCAUCAAUUCCAUCCAUUUCAAUACAAACACCUUGGGCAAUUUGCUCCUUUAGGAGGGGAGCAAGCAGCUGCUGAGCUGCCUGGGGACUGGGUUUCCGUGGGUCGUAGCACACAGUGGCUCUGGUACUCUGUAUAUGCAAGCAAACAAGUGAGCUGGCGUACUCGGGUGUUGGUGGUAUCCGAUUGGACUCGAAGAUUCAUUUUCGGAAGAGAUUCAAGCCGCAUUUGAGGCAGCAACAGAGAACCUUGUAAUAAUAUUUCAUUCCAUCGUCAUUCAUAUGGUGCUUGCAUUGCAUCUGUUGUACAUGAGUAUUACCAUCCGUAUGGAUAUUUAUGUAAGCUUUUAAUCUCUUCAUUAUGCUGUUUCCUUGUCUUCGUGUAUGCUUGUCAAUAUUUUUUCUUGUAAGAUCCAUGAAGAUAGCACUUUGGGCUAUAUAAUGUAACUUACAUUGAUCUUCGACUAUAAAUGAUUUGGUAUUUCCAUA